GUUCUUCUGAAUCACCCCGCUCCUUCGUUUACUUCCGCUAUAAAUAGCAUCUCUCUCUCUCGAUUCCAUUAUAUUUCAAAGUCGCUUUGUAGUUAAUCAAGUUUUUCUUUCUUCGAAUCUUUAGCAGAAAGCGAUGCUUCUCUCUCUCUACUUUGUCAGCCCAAACAACAUUGGCGUCGAUCUCUCCUUCCUUCAGUCCAGCAAGGAGGAAAAAAGAUUCAACCAGCUCUGACGUUUCAAACAAAAAACGCUCCAUGAAUCGUAGUCUGAUGAUCUUACGUCAAAAAGUGGCAACGUGCUUGUGAAACAAGGAGGAAAAAAGAUUCAACCAGCUCUGACGUUUCAAACAAAAAACGCUCCAUGAAUCGUAGUCUGAUGAUCUUACGUCAAAAAGUGGCAACGUGCUUGUGAAAGUGCUUUGACCAGGUCGUCGUGUCAAGUAAAAGACAUCAUCAACACACAAGGUUGCCAAUAUUGGAUCACUGAUAAAUUGGGUCUAUCGAUUUCGUCUCGCCAAGUCAUGUCAUCACCGUGGCUUUUGCUCCAUCCGAAAUUGAUUUGCAAGAGUACACACUUGUUGAUCCAAACAGUUCUUCUUGAUCAUCGAUCCAACUCCUCCAUUAGAUUUAAGUUCAGCUGAAGAAAAGCGCGCCAAAAUGUUUGAUCUCUUCUUACUUUUCAUAACCGUUUUUGUUUAUACAGUCACGCGAAUACGUCACAAGUCGAAGAAGCGCGUGAACCUCCCACCGGGCCCACCGGGCUGGCCGGUAGUCGGUAAUCUGUUUCAGUUCGCGCGCUCCGGUAAGCAGUUUUUCGAAUACGUAGACGAGAUGAAAAAAACCUACGGCCCGAUUCUCACGCUCAAGAUGGGAAUCCGAACCAUGAUCAUCAUCUCCGACGCGAAUCUCGCGCACCAGGCCUUGAUCGAGCGCGGGGCCCAAUUCGCAACCCGGCCCGUCGAAACUCCGACCCGGAAAAUCUUCAGCUCGAGCGAUAUCACCGUCCAUUCCGCCAUGUACGGUCCCGUGUGGAGAUCCUUGAGACGCAACAUGGUUCAGAACGUGCUGAGCUCGAAUCGGCUGAAGGAGUUCGCCUCCGUGAGAAGAUCCGCCGUCGAUAAGCUCGUGGAGAGGAUCAAAUCGGAGGCCGAGGAGCACGGCGGACUCGUCUGGGUGCUGAGGAACGCUAGAUUCGCCGCGUUCUGCAUCUUGCUCGAUAUGUGUUUCGGAGUCGAGAUGGACGAAGAAUCGAUCGAGAAGAUGGAUCGGAUGAUGACGGAGAUCUUAAUCGCCGUCGAUCCACGGAUCCACGAUUACCUCCCGAUCCUAACGCCGUUCCACUCCAAGGAGAGAAAGCUCGCUCUCGAACUUCGCCGGAAACUGGUGGAGUUCGUAAUCGAGUUCAUCAAGAAGCGGCGAUCGAAAAUUCAGAAUCCCAAUGAAACGGCGUCGUCUUUCGCUUACCUCGAUACGUUAUUCAAUCUCAGAAUCGAUGGAAGGGAAACGACGCCGUCCGACGAGGAUCUUGUGACUCUAUGCUCUGAGUUUCUCAACGCGGGGACUGAUACUACCGGGACGGCGAUCGAGUGGGGAAUCGCGCAGCUGAUCACUAAUCCGAAGAUUCAAUCUCGUCUCUACGAUGAGAUAAAAUCAACGGUGGGAGAUCGAACCGUCGAUGAGAAGGACCUGGACAGUAUGGUCUUUUUACAAGCUUUCGUCAAGGAGAUUCUCCGUAAACACCCGCCCACGUAUUUCACGUUAACUCACGGCGUUACGGAGCCGACGACUCUCUCCGGCUACGACAUUCCCGUGGGAGCCAACGUGGAGUUCUAUCUUCCCGGUAUGAGUGAAGACCCGAACAUCUGGUCUAAACCGGAUAAAUUCGAUCCGGACCGGUUUAUAACGGGGGGAGAAGACGCGGAUUUAACCGGCGUAGCGGGAGUGAAGAUGAUGCCGUUCGGAAUCGGCCGUCGGAUCUGCCCGGGGCUUGGGAUGGCGAUCGUACACGUGGAGCUAAUGAUGGCGAGGAUGGUUCAAGAGUUCGAGUGGAGCACAAACCCAACGGAGAGUGGAGUUGAUUUCUCCGGAAAGUUAGUGUUCGCGGUGGUGAUGAAGAAUCCUUUGAGAGCCAUGGUCAAAGCUAGGGUUUAAGACAAGUCAAUGACUUGACGUGGUUUCGUUAUACCUUCGAUGACUUGCACACCAAGUCUGUCUAAACUUCCUUUUUUUAUCGUUAAGUAAUUUCCUUUUUUAAUUAAACCUGGAUAAUUAAGUAAACCGAAGAGCCGAAGCAGCUUAAAUUAAUAUAAACCUAGAACAAAUACUACUA